UAUCGUUACUUUGACAGCUCUAGCUCGUACUAGGUGCUGACGUUCGGCCAAAUAAUAAGAAACGUAGUUAAAAACACUUGAAAAACGGAAUUUUUCGACAUAUAAACUGCUAAAGCGGUUUUCCCGGGCACCGCUAUUGGGAAGCUGUGUGGAGGAUUGCAGGAUACUGCCGUCGCAAAGGCCACGUUGCCUAUCAUUUCAAACAAAAAGGGCGAAGCCGAGUAGCCCAACCUGCUAUUGCUGCUGGUGAUUUUUUUCCGAUCCAAAUUCAAGAUGAACCUGCUCUCCGACUUCUUCAGGGGUCUAUAUCCACUACUGGGACUCAUCCUGCUACAGAUUCUGACUCCGGCCCUGGCAUUCUAUCUGCCCGGCUUGGCACCGGUUAACUUCUGUAAGAAAACCGACGUCUCAACCACAUGCAAGUCUGAUGUAAUCUUGUACGUUAACCGUUUAAAUACCGAGGAAUCCGUAAUUCCCUACGAAUAUCAUCACUUUGAUUUCUGUUUGGGCAAGGAGGAGAACUCGCCAGUGGAGAAUCUGGGACAGGUGGUCUUCGGUGAACGUAUACGACCCGGGCCAUAUAAAAUUCAGUUCUUGGAGAACCAGCAAUGUGCUGUGGCAUGCACCAAGGUGUACAAGGGUGGCGAUCCCAUCAGCCAUCGCAAGAUGAUGGUCUUGAAGAAGGGCAUCAGCUUGAACUACCAGCAUCACUGGAUUGUGGACAACAUGCCAGUCACUUGGUGCUAUCCCCUGGAGAAUGGAAAGCAAUACUGCGGCACCGGUUUCCCCAUGGGCUGUUUGGUUCGUCCCGAUGGCGAGGGCUGCCCCAUUAACUCGAUCUACAAUCAACCCUUGCACUACUAUCCCUUCAAUCAUGUGGAUCUGGAGAUCACAUACCACAGUGGGCAACUGGAGGAAUGGGGCAUUGGCUUUGGCAACAGUGGUCGCAUCAUUUCCGUAAAGGUUACUCCCAAAUCCAUCAAGCACACCGAUCCCAAGAAUCCCAAUUGUUUGAGCACUGAUCCGUUGGCCAUUAGCGAGACUGCAUUAAAGGACGGGGAAGAGUUGAACAUUAUCUAUACCUACAGUGUGAAGUUUAUCAAGAACGAUUCCAUCAAGUGGUCCUCCCGUUGGGAUUACAUUCUGGAGUCCAUGCCCCACACGAAUAUCCAAUGGUUCUCGAUCCUCAACUCACUGGUGAUUGUUCUUUUCCUGAGCGGUAUGGUGGCCAUGAUUAUGCUGCGUACUCUGCAUAAGGACAUUGCCAGGUACAACCAGAUGGACAGCGGCGAGGAUGCCCAGGAGGAGUUCGGCUGGAAGCUGGUCCAUGGUGAUGUGUUUAGGCCGCCGCGAAAGGGCAUGCUGCUGUCCAUUUUCCUGGGUUCUGGUGUCCAGGUCCUGGUCAUGUCAAUGAUUACAUUGGCUUUCGCCUGUUUGGGUUUCCUGUCGCCUGCCAAUCGUGGCGCCCUGAUGACCUGCUCCAUGGUUUUGUUCGUUUCCCUGGGCACCCCGGCUGGUUAUGUCUCGGCGCGUAUCUACAAGAGUUUCGGCGGCCUCAAGUGGAAGAGCAAUGUGAUCCUUACCUCCAUCGUAUGCCCCGGAGUGGUAUUCUCGCUAUUCUUUGUGAUGAACUUGGUCUUGUGGGGCGAGAAUAGCUCGGGAGCUGUCCCCUUCAGCACUUUGGUAGCCUUGUUGGCCUUGUGGUUUGGCGUUUCGGUGCCAUUGACCUUUGUGGGAGCCUACUUUGGAUUCCGCAAGCGGGCCCUGGAGCACCCGGUGCGCACUAACCAGAUUCCUCGCCAGAUUCCCGACCAAUCGAUUUAUACCCAACCCAUUCCCGGCAUUGUGAUGGGCGGAGUUCUGCCCUUCGGCUGCAUCUUCAUCCAGCUGUUCUUCAUUCUCAGCUCCCUGUGGUCAAAUCAAAUGUAUUACAUGUUCGGCUUCCUGUUCCUGGUCUUUCUCAUUUUGGUCAUCACGUGCUCUGAGACGACGAUCCUGCUGUGCUAUUUCCAUUUGUGUGCAGAGGACUAUCAUUGGUGGUGGCGCUCCUUCCUGACGUCCGGCUUCACAGCCGUCUAUCUGUUCAUCUACUGCUGUCACUACUUUGUGACAAAGCUCUCAAUCAAGGACAGCGCCUCGACGUUCCUGUAUUUCGGUUACACGGCCAUCAUGGUAUUCCUCUUCUUUUUGCUCACCGGCACCAUUGGCUUCUUCGCGUGCUUCUGGUUCAUACGCAAGAUCUACAGCGUGGUCAAAGUGGAUUAAGGGGAUCAAAACGCCAACAGAUGGAGGAUGAUGAAUGGAGUCCGUGCAAAAAUGUAUUUUUGUAUGUGUAGCCACAAAUUUACACUUAAGCCUAAUGUGUGUGUGAUUUCUGCGCUGUGCGCCCGGCAGUGUCAGUUUUCUGUUUAUUAUAAUUACGAUUGUACGAUGUACGAUAUGUACAAUAACAUAUAUUUGUAUCAGGCAUGGAAUAACGUGGAGUAACGAAGCGCGCAAUAAUCUUUAAGCAGUAAGGAGGGC